GUAACGGGACGCUCGAGAUUCAGCUAAGGAGCCUUUAGCAAGCCCCUUUUAGCUAAGCUAGCAACAAGCGAAAUACGUUACCUGGUGUAAACUGACUGUAGGAUAAAAAUGGAAGUGACUUUGGAUCCUUUUUUUCUAGCAUGGAGCUAUUUCAGGAGACGGAAGUUUCAAAAAUGCUCGGAUCUUUGCACAAAGGUGUUGGAGGAUAAUCCGUACGACCAAGAACCUCAUGCUUCACUCCAUAUUUCAGAGGCAGCUUGGAGCCUGAAGACAAGGGCUCUGACUGAGAUGGUAUACAUUGAUGAAGUGGAAGUUGAUCAGGAAGGCAUUGCAGAAAUAAUGCUGGAUGAAAGUGCCAUUGCACAAGUAGCACGACCUGGAACGUCACUGAGGCUCCCUGGAACAAGCCAGGGUGGAGGGCCUACUCCAGCCAUCAGACCAUUGACCCAGUCAGGUCGCCCAAUUACUGGAUUUGCAAGGCCCAGCACUCAGUCUGGUAGGCCAGGGACAAUGGAGCAAGCCAUCAGAACACCUCGAACUGCGAACACUGCCCGUCCGGUCACUAGUGCUUCUGGGAGAUUUGUUCGAUUAGGCACGGCUUCUAUGUUAACACAUCCAGAUGGACCAUUUAUAAACUUGUCCAGGUUAAACCUGCCAAAAUAUGCACAGAAACCUAAUUUAUCCAAGACCUUAUUUGAAUACAUAUUUCACCAUGAGAACGAUGUCAAAAAUGCUUUGGAUUUAGCUGCAUUAGCUACAGAGCAUGCACAGUUCAAGGACUGGUGGUGGAAAGUCCAACUUGGGAAAUGUUAUUACAGGCUAGGUUUGUAUCGUGAAGCUGAGAAACAAUUCAGAUCAGCCCUCAAUCACCAGGAGUUUGUAGACACUUAUCUCUACCUUGCAAAGGUAUAUCAGCGACUGGAUCAACCCAUAACUGCCCUGAACCUCUUUAAACAAGGCCUGGACCAUUUCCCUGGAGAGGUGACUUUGCUGACUGGGAUUGCUCGCGUUCAUGAGGAAAUGAAUAACAUCACUUCAGCUACAGAGUACUACAAAGACGUAUUAAAACAAGACAACACACAUGUGGAGGCCAUUGCCUGCAUAGGAAGCAACCAUUUCUAUACAGACCAACCAGAGAUCGCCUUGCGUUUCUACAGACGGUUGCUGCAAAUGGGUGUGUAUAACUGCCAGCUCUACAAUAAUUUGGGCCUGUGCUGCUUUUAUGCACAGCAGUAUGACAUGACUCUGUCCUCAUUUGAGAGAGCAUUAGCCCUGGUUGCCAGUGAUGAGGAACAGGCUGACAUCUGGUACAAUAUUGGACAUGUUGCCGUGGGUAUUGGUGACUUAACUCUAGCUUAUCAGUGCUUUAAACUAGCUUUGGCGUUUAACAAUGAUCACGCUGAGGCGUUCAACAAUUUAGCAGUGCUGGAGCUACGCAAAGGCAGUAUUGAGCAGGCAAAAGCCUUUUUGCAAACAGCUGCUUCUCUCGCUCCCCACAUGUACGAACCACAUUUCAACUUUGCUGUACUUUCAGAUAAGAUUGGUGAUCUUCAGAGUAGCUACAUGGCUGCCCAGAAGUCAGAGGAUGCUUUUCCUGAGCACGUGGACACUCAACAGAUCCUGAAGACCCUUAGACAGCACUUCGCAGUGCUCUGAAUUUUUUAUUUAAAUAUUCCCACAUUAUGUAAUCCCAGAGUAAGGCAGGCUAUAAAACUUUGAGGUUUAAAUUAUUUAAGAAAAUUUGUGACCUUUUAUUUCAAGUCAGGUAUUAAAUCUCACAGGUAAGUUUCGGCUAAAUUGGUUGAUAAAUACCUUAUCUUCCUAAAUAUUCAACAACAUUUUUUCACUAUAAAAUCAAACUGUAUGUCAAAGUUAUUUUUAGGUAUAGAAGGGAAAUCCUGGCAUCAAUAUGAGUUCCCUCUUUCUUAUUACAUCAUGGACUCCUUAAUUAUUUUAAAAAUAAAGCUCUUCACAUAAACCAACUCUCACUGGCCAUAUCUCUGCAACCAGACAUGAUAUACAGUACUUGGUACCAAAAUGAUUAUUGACCCAGGAAUCUGAAAAUAUGCAGCACUCCCCAAAUGAUCAUGAUUAAUACCUGAUUUGAUGUGAUGGGUCACAAAUAUUAAUAGAUAUAAUAAACCAUAGUGUAUAGUUUUUAACUUAGAGCAAAGCUAUAAUGAGAGGGAGAAAAAUGGACCUUGAGUUUGUUUUAAAAAUGGUAUGUAUUAUGUAAAGUGUUUGGCAUUGAAAAUGCAUAGAGUGUAAAUAAAACGCAAUUAUUUUACUCA